UGUUGAAAUAUUCAAGUUCAUAUUGUGCUGAUUUAAUCUGAAAAUGUACAUAAUUAUUGAUUGCUUAAUUUUUACACUGUUUAAUAGAGAAAAUAACCAAGUUUACUUUUUGAAAAUCGAAAAUGAUCAUUAAAAAAUAUACAGGGUGGUUUUGAAAAUAUUGGCGAAAUUUUACAGUGUUGGAUAUUGACAUGCUAAACAAUAGUUAUUUAUUAUACAAGACGAUAAAAUUGAAUUUUAUCUCUGAGAGCAAUUUAGCGUGGAGGAGUCAGCCGAGUAAAAAAGUAAAAUUCAAGAAUGAAAUCUAAUGUCAAAGAUCGUUGGCAACUAACAACCGCAGAUAAACAACAAUGGAUGUAUUUUUUAUCAUCUAGACGAUAAAAUUUCAUUUUAACAUGAAGAAAAGUGUAGAUAAAAUUCAAUUUUAACAUAGAUUGAAUAAAAUGUCUUAAUAAAAUUUUUCGUAAUUCGCACCGUUACCGAGAAAAAAAACUUAGAUACCUUAACCUUUUAUCAUAAUGUUUCGGACUGGAAUUGUGUUUUUUGUUAUUUUUUUAUAUUUAAAAUGCGAGAAAAGUUUAUAAUUAUUUAAUAAUAAUAAAUAAAUAAUACAGAUUAAACUUGACAAUGUUUAAUUCUUAAAAAAAAUAUUCACUAUACUUGAAAAAUUACAAAAUUUUGCAAAACAGAUUAUUAGGAGAGAUUUGAUUUUAGGUAGAAAGAUUUGCUUUUAUUUUUGCCAGUAAAUAUUAAAAAAAAUUAAUUUAGGUAAUAAAUUCCCCGGUUUAGCCAGUUUUCUUCGUGCAAAAACUGUAAAAGCGUCUCGGUCUCGUGUCAACUCUUAAAACCACUCGGCCUUUAAUUUAUGUCCUCAGAGCCAUUAACUGUCCACCCUAAGACAAGCACAAAGUCGAUCGCACCCCAAUUAAAAAUUCCGCAUCCCCCAGCCUAAAAAACCCAUCCUUUUUUCGUUUAAUUGGAGCAAACAGCUUCAGAACGCUUACACGAGCAAAUAUUAACAAAUGUAAUUAAGUUGCUCAACGGCCAGUCCUCCAACAAUAAGAUAACCUAUUAACAAUAAAGCAAAUAUUAACAUCGUAUACAUGACCCAACUAUGUAAUUUCGUAUUAACAUAUGAAUAAUCUGUAUGGUGUUGUAAUUAGAGUGCUAUCUGGCUGCGAGCACAUUUAACUUAAUUGCAUGCAAAAUUUACACACACAUGUAGGAAUUUUCCAUGAAAACUUGGGGAAAACUGUAGUUUAUGUGAAUAGACGAUUUAAAAAUUGUUAAAGUUGUAAAUACGAUUCGGGGAAGAACCGAGUGGUUUCACGCCAGAGGGCGCUAAACCGGAUCAUCCCCGUUUAGCGAAUACUGUAUAGAUAUAAUGAGGUUACGGUAAUGGCGGACUCGCCAACAUGGCGUCAACAUACAACUGCCAUUUUUAUUUCCGCGUUUGUACAUAAAUAACUAUGAUAAUCAAGUAGGUGAACAAAUAAGAGUUGUAACUAGAUAGAACUGCACUUUAUAUUGUAAGCAAUCACCAAAUAAAUAAAUUAUUAAUAAGCUAGUUGUUAAACCUUCUCCACCAAGGCCAAAACAUGUGUUUACACAUUUUUUCGAAUUUUUCCAACACAUAAAAGAGGAGUUUGGCAAAAAUCGCCACAAAAUGCGCUCAAUCCUUUUUUUCCCACUCAUCACCGGAGUCGCGUUUUGCGCUGAUUCGGGUCCAGUGGGCCCAAUCACACUUUAUGAGUUGAAAAAAUGCGAACCCGACAUCAACAACAUCGAUUUGGAGGCGAAAUUGGAGACGGCUGACGACGGGAGUAACAUCCUAACGGCUUCGUUCACAAUCCCGGAGGAUUACGGCGAAGAAGUCCAAUUUCGCGUCGUGGCCGAUAAAUGGGAGAACGACGACUGGAAGAGGAAUGUGUGGAGCAUGAAUCCGGCUUCGUUUCUCAAAUUCAUCAGUGAGAAUUUGGAGAAGACUUGGGGGAACUUCCGAGAGGCGGUCGAGCCGAAAAUUGAGGAUGCGAUGAAAGUGCCAAAGGGGGAGUACAAGUUGGAGAAGCACCAGCAGGAGUGGCACGACGUGGAGUUGUCUCAAGUGAUUUACGGGAGGUUUUUGGCCACGGUGUACUUGAUCGCCGGCGGGGAGGAGUUCGCCUGCCUCCAGGCCGAAUUGGAGACUUUCGAGGAGGAAUAACUGAUUUAUUUUCUGUUGUAAUUUGCUGAUUCACACAAUAAAUUUCUUUGAAUUU